CACAGGAUAAGUUGUUGUUCAAGCAUGAUCAGCCUUAUACUGACAACUCUUCUGUUUGCAGUGGUUGCGGCCGAGGGUACAAAUAUUUCAUUUUUAAAAAUACUUGUGUUAUAGAGGAGGAAAGGCCGAAGUUCACUUGUUAUCAUACGCAUGGGAUAGACUUCAACAAAGAUGCUGCAGGAACACACCCAAACUGUGGUCACUGCAUCUAUGAAGAGACGUUUGAAGAAGGUAGGCUAGUCGCGGUCUCCCGUAUGUGUGUGGGAAGACAAUGCGUCUCUUACGAGCACGUGUUUGAUGGUAACGGGCAAAACCGCAUCUGCUGUUCUGGGGACCUGUGUAAUGAAAACAAGCAAACA